AUGUGUUUGGAGGCCCUGGCACCUUGCAUUAGUACCAACGUGCAGAACGCCUUCCUUCCCAGCGAACUCGACGCCAACACGCGGCAAACCAAGGAACGGCGUCGGGGAUGCACCCCGACAGUCUCCUUCAUGCACCCCAACCUAACUUUGGUUGCGCUUGAUUUCGCAGAGCCGGUUUGGGAGGCAAGCGGGAGGGCGAUCGGAUGCCGUGUUGCUGGGUUCAAGAGCUCGCCCGACGGGAGCGCCGGCCAGGCGCAGCGUACCGGUGCGGUGCGGCCCGGUGAUGUGCUGACAGGAGUUGGCGAUGUUCCGGUCGGUGACAUGUCGUUCGAAAAGAUUGUGACGUUACUACGGCAAAGACCAACACGCCCGGAGCGGCGCUUGACCUUCCAGUCCAGCCUAACAGCCACAACAACAGCUCCAACACCCCCACCCCGUUCGCCGAGAACUCGGAUCCAGCAACAGGCGUCGUUGAUGUUCGUCGUAGAAGGCAACGACGCCACCGUCGCCAGCUCUGGGGGAAGAACCGAACCAGCGACUCCGUCUCCCGAGGCUCAGCCCAGACCUGUCGGCGGAACCAAUGACGAGGGUGUUGACCACCAGCCUGCUGAUCGCGUCGGCAGCAGAGUGGAAGAACGGCAGCAGCGAUUGGGGUGGGCCAGUCCAGCGGACGAGGUGGAUAUGAUGACGGCUCAACCACCAAAGAGCGCCCCCGAGGGUACUGCCUUGGGUGAGGAAGACGACGGUAGUGCAUGGUGGAAAGGCGCACAGCAGGUCGGGUUGGGCCAGGGCAGCGACGACGACAACACCGCAACCUCCGAUACCCUCUCUGGCGUCGAGUAUUUCUGUCCUGAUGUUCAUGCCGCCACCGCCAUGACGGACCUUGCUGCUUCUGCCGUCGGUGUUUCCGGUAGCCCGGAAAAUGGCCGAGACUCGUCGUCGCAAGGACUCGCGCAGGUACUCUACGAGGCUGGGCUAGUGCCGGAGGCUUGCCGGCAGGAUACCAACGGAAUGGACGUCUUAGCUCCAGCUGCUGCCAGCGACAGCUCUGCACCCGAACACGUCGGAGACGGCGGUAACGCCGGACAGCAGUGCGGUGACGCUGCAGCUACCCACGGGGUUACCGGGGGGCCGCCCCUGUCGGGUCAGGUGGCGGGGGACGAAGAGCGCCGGUUGUUGCCGGCUGACUCGACUUCGGCUGCUGAUGCUCGAAAUCCUCCGGUCCCUGCGUGCGGCCCCAGUCAACACCAGCUCCCACGACACACACCAGGGGUGUUUUCCUUGGCAGCGAUAGCGCCAACGUCGCCCGGUGACGUCGUUGUUGGCCCUAGCUCUACCGUGAGCCGGAUAUCGACGGGGCUUGACGGGAGGCGAGACCGCGGGGAGCACGGCUUUUACGCCGGCAACGGCGGACGCCUGCCGUUGAACAGUUCACCCGAGACUGUGGACCGAUCCUUCGAUACCAUCUCUCUGCGCUCGGAACCAACCGUCUACGCCAAGGAGGCGUCGUCCAAGCAGUGGAUCUCUAUGUUGACCAGCCUUUGGGGUGGCGGGAGGGGAGACAGCGGUGGUGAGUCGUCUCCGGCGCCAGAGAAUGGGGAAGGCGAAGUAGAAGAAGCGCGGCGAUUGGCCCGAUCGUUGGCCGUGAAGCUCAAGGAGCGGGCACGGCGUUGCGAGGAGCUGGAAGACUUGUUUGGCCUCCGGGACCAUCAGGUGUCGAUGCUUCAGCGGCAGAGCAACUCGCUAGCGGCGCGCGCCGCUUCUCUUGCCGACGACCUCUCAGACAAGUCGGCCCUGAUCGAAGCGCUCCAACUGGACCGGUCGCGCUUGGAGCGAGAACUGGCCCAGUCCCGACUCCGGCACGAAGAAGGCGUGGAUGCUGCGCGCGGCGAUGACGGUUCGGGUCAACGCUCGGCGGAGUCCGGCGCUUGCGGGGACGAGUCAUCAAUGCCGCGGCCCGAAGAGAGCGGCGCCGCCACCUCCGUUGCUGCGACGCCGGAGGUUGAUGGCGAGGCUGCUGUGGCCCUGGCGGCAGCUGUCGAGGUGGCCGAGAGGAAAGCCACGGCGGCAGAGGCCCGCUCUCUCGCCCUCGCCGAGAUGGUCGACGGCCUCGUGGCCGGCAAGAUCGGGUGGGAGGAAGAGCGGGCCGCGCGGGCGGCCGAGGCGCUGCGGCUGCGAGCGCUUGUGCGCGGUCUCGAGGAGGCUGCUGCUCUGGCGGGCGAGGAAGGCGGCGGGCGAAAGCAGGUGGAGGGCCUGCGGGAGCUGCUGAGAGAGCGCACGCGGGAGUUGGAGGCGAAGAGCGUGGCGAUGGAGAGGCUUGCGAUGCGCAUACGGGAGCUCGAGGAAGAAAACUGUCGGCUUGGUGUUUCCCUGUCAGCGAGGGAGGAAGACAUCUUGGUGUCCGACAUGCAGAUGCGGGCGUUAUCGGCGAGGCUCAAGGAGGAGGUUAGAGCCAGCGGCGAGGCGGCGGCGAGGGCGGAGGCUGUGGUCGGGGAGCUGAGAAAGGCGUUGGAGGAGGCGACCACGGCGGCGGAGGUGGCUGGGGGUAGUGGCGAGGCGGAAGAAAAUGUCGCGAGUCCUGGCGGAGCAGCAGCGGGAGCGGACGGGGAAAGUGGAGAAGGGAGCACCGACAGGCCGUCAAUCGGGAAUAGAUUGGAGUGGGCCGAGGAACACGCGCGCCUCCAACACAACCUCAUGUCGCUCAGAGAGGCCCUGGAGGACCGAGAACGCCAGGCCGCUGAUGAGGCGGCCAUGUCCUCGACACUGAAGGCCGCGCGGGACGACCGCGACCGGUCUGCCAGGGAGAAGGGUAACCUGCGAGAGGCGGUGGAUUCCCUCCGGGUGGAGCUCGCGGAAGCUUCGGCGCUGGCCGCAUCUUCUUCGGGGAGGCGCGACGGAGGCGUGUCUCUCGGCGGGAACGGGGCCCUCACGUCGGGUUCUGUCGCCGCCGCGGGGGGAGACAAUGAUGGUUGUGGCGGCGAGGGGGUGGGUGGUGCUCGUCCCGACGGGAGGCGCCGGGAGGCUUUGCAAGAGAGGGAGUCUGAGGGGGGCGAAAGGGAGACGGAGAGGAGCGGUGGUCAUGCGGUAGCGGUGAAAGUGCAGAAGGGAGAGGUGGAAGCGGAAGGUCCUGAGCACCGACGAGUUGGUGCCGUCAGCGGGGGCGCACCUGCUGCGGUGUCGGGAGCUAGAGACCGGUGGGUCGAUGGGGGCUUCGAGGGAACCAUAGGCAAGCGCCCCCGUUUUUUGUUCACACGCACCACAGAUGACGUGCAGCUGGACUUGAUGGAGAAGGACAUCGUCAUCGAGCAGCUGCGCACCCAGCUGAAGCAGCUGCGGUCGAGGAUAGCGGUGAUGGAGGAGAAUCAGGCGGCCGACACGGCUCCCCUCCAAGGGCUGCUCAACCAGCUGGGAGAGCUAAAGGGCUCCGUUGAAGAACGAGAGGAGCGCGAGCAGCAGUGCAGGGACCAGGUAGACUUGGGCCUCCUCAGGAUGGAGCGGCUUAAGGAGGAGAGCACAGCAGCAACGGCCGCGGCUGCUGCUACCGCUGCUGUUGCAUCGCCACCUGUUUCCUCUGCUUGGUUGCCGGGGGCCCCGCGACCUAUCUCGGCACAGGCCGACCCUUGGCGCGGUCGAGCUGAGCUGCAGCGCCUCCGGCGGCAGCUGGAAGACUUGCAGUGGGACACGCGCACCCUCAAGCGCCGCAUCGAGGAGCGGGACAACCAAGUCAGAGACGCCCGGGCCGAGGCCGAUGGCCUCAAUUCUCGUUCCCGCACCGCGGAGCGAGAACUCGCGGGCGCGCAAGGCGAGCUGGCCGUGGCGGUAGCGGAGCUAGCGGUGGAGAGACGAAAGACCGGCGCUCUCCGGUCAGAGCUGCAGUCCUCCCGCGCGGAGCUGCAGUCCGUUCGUGACCGCGCGGCGAACGCGGCGGCGGCGGCAGAGCGCUCGGCGCAAGAGCAAAGGUCGCGACUGGAACAGGAGGGCAGGGACCGCUUGUCGGUUGCGACUGCGGCCGAGGCCAGAGCAAGAGAUCGCGUGGCAGAGUUGUCGGCCUCGCUGGGAGCCGCCACCGCGGAGCGUGAUGCGCUGCUGUUGUCGGCGAAGGCCGCGGGAGAAGAGGCGACACUAGCAGCGGCAGCAAAGCAGGGCUUUGAUCCUACGGUGGAAGACGUAACGGCGCGUGCCCGAGAAGUGGAGUCUUUACGGUGUGCCCUGGCCGCGCGGGACGUGGAACUAGAGUCUAUCAUUGAUGCUACGGCAGGGUUCGGUCACCACGCCGUUGGCCUUGGUGGUAGUGGUGCGUUGCGCGGUGCGCUGGCAGCGGCAACAGAGGCGAGGCGUGCAGGGCGGCUUGUGGCCGAACUUGAGGAGGAGUGCUCGUCGCUAAAGGCCAAGGUAAAGGAGGAGCACGCCGACGCCCAUCGUCUUCGAGAAGCCCUGGAGCAGGUCAGGCUCGCCGAGCAGAGAGCAACCGCCGCCGCAACAGCUGCGACCGCUGCUGCUGCCACUGCCGCUGCUGCCCGUGGACCCUCUCCCAGUCCCUCGCAGGACACGGGCGGCGGCAAUGACAGAGAGGGAGGACACUCGGCAGCCGAGGCGCAAGCAAUGAGCAAGCGCGUCCAGGAGGCCGAGGAUGCCCUGCAGAAGGCCCUGGCAGGGGCGCAGCGGGCUUGGGGCGUGGUGUCAUCGUGCCUCUCGGACGACGGCAGCAGUAGGGUGGACAACGACGACGGCGCCGUCUCGACCUCUACACCGCCUGCCCUCCCGCCGGCCAUGGCCUCGUUUCUCCUGUGGCAGCACCCAGCAUCACCAGUAGACCCGUCUCUGGGCGCCCUCAUCUGCGGCGUAGAGGCGUUAGCCGCGGCUUACCGGCGCCGGGGACACGCCGCUCGGCAAGCCACGGUCGCCGCGCGCGCCAAGGCGGUCUGCGCGAGAGAGGCCCGGCGGAGGGAAGAGGCGGAAAAAAGGGCAAGGGAAGACGCCGAAGGACGCCUUGAAGAGGCAAUGAUAGCCUUGGAUGAUUGCAGGCGAUGCCACGAGCAGCAGCAGCAGCAGCAGACAUGCUGGGGUGUCGGUCGGGCGGCUGAUGGUCCAGGACCCGGAGGAGGGAUGCCAGGGGAUGGGGGUGGCGGACGGUCGUUCCUGUCCCACGAGCAAGAAGAGCACCUGCGGCAGAUCCGGAGCGAGGUGGACAGACUGGAGGGUCAAAAUCGGACUCUCCGCCGGAGCCUAGAAGGCGGAAGCGUUGGGUUGAUAGGGAAAAUGACGGAGCUGUACAGGGAGACGGGAGAUGGUAACCACGGCGACUUGCCCACACAGAGGUUACUGUUUCCGCCGUCGUUGGCCACCGGCGGUGACAACACCGAAGAGGGCGGGCCACGUGCGAACUUGCGUGCGAGUCGCUGGGAACGUGCCGAGGGGUUGAGCGGGCGAGGGGCGUCAGCCAGCACACCGAGUCCGAGCCCCGGCCGUUCGUGGACAGCGCCCUCGAACAUUCACGCAAGAGGGAGCCCGUGCUAUCGGCGGGGUGGCGAUGGGGAUGGGCCAGGGCAGGAUGAUCAAGAUGACGACCAGGAAGAGGCGCGGGCCCGUGUGUUGGAGGAGUUCGCUAGUUGCUGUGCCGCACCGCAGGAUGACGGAUCUGGUGGCACGCUAGUUCCGGUGUGGGGAAGCGAAGCCUAA